CACAGACGCUCCACACCCUUUGUCUGAGCAUCGCGUUUUAUUCCAUUUUAUUAGAUCUGCGUUUUCUCCGCCGAUUAGACCUUUUGUGUAUUAGGUGGUUGUUUGUGGAAGUUUCUUCCUGGUAUAAUAGUGUUAUCCUCACAAAAUAUUUUAAUAUUUUAAGAAAAUGUCCAGACUACAAUGAUGAAAAUUAGGUUUUUGCGCUUUGUGAUUCUUGGGCUUUAUGUGCUCCAUAUAGAUGGCGAAAGAUUUCGAGUUAAACUGGAUUGCGGUGUUGCCAAGCUAUCUUCUGAGUGUCUCAGCCUUAGACUGUCUUCUACAAACUCCACGACUCCCACUCCAGAUGACGAUGAUGAUGACUGGGAUGAAGAUGAAUCAGCAGAAAUAGAUGAUGACAUUAAUGAAGGUAAUAAGAUUUACAAGAAUCCCAGAAACUCACCUUCAACGUUGUGUCCUAGAGAUGAAGAGCAGGCUACAUUGUUGGGUCAAAAAUGCUUAAGAAAAUGCUCAUCCGAUGAAGACUGCAAAAGUAAGAAAAAAAAGUGCCUAUGCGAUGGAGCCUGCGGCAUGUCAUGUAUUAAGCCAGAUAGAGAAUGCCCCGAACCAAAAGGAAUAGAGUUUGGUACUGUUACAAAAACUGGUCUAUUAUUUGGUGCACGAGCUUCUUACUCCUGUGAACAUGGAUACCAUGUGGUGGGACUUCAAAGUCGGACUUGUCAAGCAGACGGACAAUGGGCUGGGCAAGCACCUGCUUGCAAACAGAAUAUUUACUGUCUUUCUCCACCAACAAUUGACCAUGCUAGACACAAUGCUCUGCCAGAACAAGCAACGUUUGAUCUGGAUUCAACACUGCAAUACUACUGUCAUACUGGAUAUGUAACAAAUGGUUUUCCCAGAGCAAAAUGCUUGGCUAUUGAUGGACAGGCUUCUUGGUAUGGACCUGAUAUUUCUUGUGAGCCCAGAUCUUGUGGGGCCCCAACAGAUAUUUCUCAUGGCUGGCACGCCGGGGAAUGUUACACAUUUGGUUGCAGGAUUACUUACCAUUGCGCCGAAGGGUAUGAAUUAGUAGGAAAGGGAGAAAAAUACUGCCAGAGUGAUGGAACUUGGACACCAAAAGAACUACCUACAUGUGUUCUGGUGACUGCGGUUCAGUGUACCCCACCGGAAAACCCAAGGCAUGGAAAAGCUAUCUAUACAUCCUGCUCCUACAAUUCGGUGGUACGCUACGAGUGCAAAUAUGGAUACACCCUUGUUGGAGAGAGUACCAGAAGAUGCGGUGCAGAUAGGAAGUGGAGUGGAACUCAACCGGUGUGUAAAGAAAUAAAUUGUGGACAUCCGGGUAGACUUUGGAAUGGCUGGCUAGAAAAUAUUGAGGGAGGCACCGGUCUUGGAGCCUCUAUAAUUUUUAGAUGCCACGAGGGAAUGUUGCUAGAGGGCAAUUCCUCUACAGUAUGCCAGAUCGAUGGCAAAUGGAGAUAUGCUCUACCAAAGUGUUUAGCUCCAUGUGUUGUACCUCACGUAUCGAAAGGUAGAGUAAUAUUAUUAUCCAGAAAUGAUACGGCACCUACUUCUACUGUGGUUACUCACGGUGAGACUUUAAGUGUAGACUGCGACCCAAAAUACGAGUUUAUUUCAACACUAAUAAAUGUCAGUUGCAAUAAUGGUACAUGGACUCAGAUGCCUAAAUGUGAACCUGCAAAGUGUCAGUACUUGCCAAAAGCUCCAAGACAUGGUAUGGUAUCCGCUCCAGAAAUGAAACAUGGUAUGAAAGCAAAGUACCGCUGUAAGGACGGCUACGAAUUGAGAGGAAAUGAGUUUGUGGUAUGUUCAUUUGGAAAUUGGACUGGAACACCACCGAGAUGUGAGGAAGUGUUUUGUCCUUACCCGGGAUUGGUGAAAAAUGGAAAAAUUUUGCUAGUGGGUAACAUGGGAUUAUACGACUAUCGAUCGUAUGUAAAGAAAGUUGCCAAUAAUAAACAGAUUAUGUAUGAUUGUGAAAAAGGCUAUGUCCUUUCCGAAGGUCCGCCUGGUGCCACUUGCGUCGGAGGCCGAUGGAGUCCUAAGGAGUUACCAAAAUGUGUACCAGGUGAGCAUCCUCGUUUUCGCUGGAAUAGAAGACGUCGUCGUUCUAUAGAUAUACAACGAUUUAAAAAUCUUUUGGAGCAUCAUCACCGUUCGUAUCCAAAAAUAAUUAAAAGACACGUAAACUAUAAUUUUGUUAACGACCUUAAUCCAUUACUGACGUCGUCACGAAGCCAAAGACAAUUAAGAACAAAAAGAAAUGUUAUAGGAAGACAAGUUCGAAGAAGAUACAUUCAUAAAAAUCUUUUAAGAUUUUCAGAAGAAGAAAUUCCUGUGCAAAAAGAUCCAAUACCAGCGAAAAAGAAAUAUCCAAAGAAAUUGUACCAUUCCAAGAAAAAAUUCAUACACAAAAAGCGACCAAAGCGAAAUGUUUUGUUUCCUUUAGAAGAUGAUUUUAUAAUUCCAAACUCUCUUGCAAUAUUUCAAUAUGAUGGUCCAGAUCGUAGAAGCCAAAUGCAACACCAAAUCAAUAAGAGAAACGAGAUGUUUUAUGUAACCCGCUUUAGACGAUAUGCUACUGAUUUUGGUCCGCUGCUAUUUGAUCAUAGAAAUAUAUCAAAAUCCUGGUAUAAUUCUGAAUGGGAUAAGCCUCAUAAGCGGAUACCUAGAAGUAGUUUCGAAGUGCGCAGGAUUAAGAGAGCUUUAAAGGGUGGAGGUUCAAGUAGAGCGGUUGGUUCCAUUCAUAAAAGUUCAGGAGGUUCUGGCUUAAGUUUGCGGAGAAAUAAUAAUAACGGACGUUACGAAGAUGAUUUUGACUCACUUCCGGACCCAGACAACGAUAUCACCUCUACAAAAAAACCAAAAGCUCAAAAAAACCAUCAUAAUAGAACCAAAGGAGGUCCUUGCGAGGAGCUGCAAAAUGAAAUUUAUGUUAAUAUCGAAUUUGUUAAACAUGGAAAAGAUCAAAAUCAUACCUUUGGCUCCGGAACAGUAGUAAGAUUGGCAUGUGGGAAAGGUUACGUACUGAAUAUGGCAGAAAAUAAAACCGCAAAAUGUGUCAAAGGAAAAUGGAAGCCGGCAAAGCCAAUGUGCAAUAUCAUACCAUGUUAUGUCCCAGAAACUUCUUUUGGAAUCUACAAACUUUCCAAAGUCGAUGAUAUCACUAACACGAGUACUAAAUUUGAUUAUCCACUUAAUGCAACGAUGGAGGUACAAAAUGGUCAAGUGGUGGAGUUUAGUUGUGAGGAAGGCUAUCAGGUUCAGGGGUCCAGUAAUAUGAGAUGUUAUCAUGGCGAGUGGGCUGUUACUAUGUUUCCGGAGUGUUCUCCAGCUCCAUGUAUUUUACCAAAAAUUUAUCACGGUCAGUACAUGUCGGGUUAUAGACCAGGACUUACUAUUGCAAAUGGAUCAAGUGUUUCUUUUCAAUGUGAGGAAGACUAUACACCUUCCAGUGUACAACCAUUAGAAUGUUUAAUUGGUGAAUUACAGCCUAAACAUCCAAUUUGCACCAAAGAUGGGGAGCCAAUUCCAGAAACUCACUACUUAGGAGGAAAAGAUAUUGUUAAAGGCGGUGAUAUCACUGUUGUGGAAUAUGGAAGUUCUAAUGGAAAACCGUGUGGUCCACCUGCGAAGGUGAGAGGCUCGCUAGUAUAUCGUAAUGGAGAACCAUUAGUAGACGAUGAAAAUAAUUUUCCAGAAAGUAGCGAGGUAACUUUUAAUUGUAUUGAAAGUAUAAUGGGAGAGAAGACGACAUGGAAAAUUAUUUGUGAAGAUGGAAGCUGGAUUGGCAGAUCUUUAAAUUGCGAUGCAGAAGAUUUAAUGGCAUCUCAAAUGAUAGUAAAUAAUAGCACCUGCAUAUUCCGAAAUCAAGAACCAAAUGUGAUCUCCUUCUAUAAUGAUCAACAAAUUAAGGAAGAUGUUGUUGAGUUUCCUGCAGGUGCAAUUUUGAUUUCUAGAUGUAUGGAUAUUGGGAAAUAUGCUAUGGUUGGUCCCAAAAAAAGAAGAUGUAUGGGAGGCGAAUGGGAUGGCCCAAAACCUGCUUGCUUUGGACUUAAUCAAGAAAAUGAUUAUUCUAUGGAAAAACCUCCAACAAUUUUAUUUAGACACGAAUUAGGACCGAUAGCCCAAUCUAAUGAUGGGAAGCUGAUUGUCUAUCCAGGUACCAUUCUGCAUAUGGAGUGCUUGUGGAUUAGAAGAUUCGGAAUACCUAAGUGGAAUGUUAGUCACGACUAUAGAAGAUACCAAGAAGGCUGGACUGAAGAUCCAGGUCGUGACUCGCAGCUCGAAUACAGACUAUCAAUAUACCACGCCUCGAAAGAUGAUUCAGGAUUAUUUACUUGCAUUACACCUGCCAGAUAUAGUCACUCUAUUGAAGUUGUAGUGAAAGCUGUUCACUGUCCAAUACUGCCUCAAAGAAGAGGACUGACAGCUAGUACACAAAUUACAAAAAUGAAUACUAUAGUAAAAUUUCACUGUGUUAAUGGCAACUCUCUAAUUGGUGCUCCAGAAAUACAAUGUUUACCUUCUGGAAAUUGGAGUGCACCUUUUCCAGUGUGUGAAAGUAUUGAAUGUGGAGAUGUAGGAUCAAAUUUAAGCCCCCAUUUAAAAGUAAUGGUGAUAUCUAGAGAAGUAGGAGGUAAAGCAGUAUUUAGCUGUGAUCCGGGAUAUGGAUUAAAGGGAUCUGUUGAAACGAUUUGUCAGGCGACUGGAGAUUGGGCUAGUCCAUUUCCGAUAUGUGAAGAAGUCCACUGCGAUGAUCCGAAAGUUCCGGAAAAUGGCUACAUUCAAGGAUCUGGUCCAUAUAAGGCCGGUGAUGUUGUUCAGUUUAAUUGCAAUCCUGAUUACAUGAUGGAAGGGCAACCGAUAAUGGCGUGUCAGGAAAAUUCGAGAUGGAGCGGAAAAGUUCCAAAAUGUGUGCAGGCAUGUUCUUAUCCAGGAACUACCAUCAGUGGCAGAAUGUCAUCUGUAAAAUUUUACUAUAAAAUUGGCGAAAAUAUUACAUUUACGUGUGAAGAGGGCCUAAUUUUAAAAGGAGCGGCCAUGUUGAAGUGCCUAAAAAAUGGGAAAUGGUCAAAUGCCAUUCCUACUUGCGUAAGUCAUGAUGCAAUAAAGAAAAGGGAGGUUUUAUAAGCACUUUAACAUAUAUAUCUAAUAAAAAGUAGUUACAUAAAACUUUUUAAACAUUAAACAAAAGUAUUUAAUAUUAUAUAAUCUUACAGGGAGACUACAAUGCGGUGUAUUAAAUGGUAUAUUAAGAUAUUUCAUUAAACCAAUAUUUGUUAUUAGAAGCACAAGCAUGGCUAAAAGUGCAUUGAUUAUUUAAUUUAAAGCUACGGGUACACUUUAUUCUUUUGCAGUGCAACAAAUAUGAGUAAUACCCAUGGCCAUGUUGUUUUGAUAUUUGUAUUCCAUUCUCGUUUUUGUUAUUUGAACAGAUGGAAAAAAAUAAAAUUGCCACUACUACUAUAGGAAUAAAAUAAAUAUUUAAUAAAAGGAUUAAAAAAGAAAGAAAUAUGAAUAUCAGAUGAGUUCGAAAAAAAAUAAACUUACAAAAUAUAUAAAUAACUGAUAAUAGAAUUGAGAAGUAAAAAUUCUCGUUGGAUUUAUAAUCAUUAAUUAAGACAAAAAAAAAUGAAAAAUAACAUAUAAGAAAGCGCUUUUAGGAUUCCUUGAUAGUAUUUUCCAAUAUUUAUCAACUUGGAACUUAAUCUUUCCACGAUUUAGAGAAAAUAACUAAAUUAUUAUUUAUUAACUAUUAAGUGAAUAUCAUACGAAUCAGGUAUUAAGUAAUACAAGAAACCAACUUUACAGUGUAAUAUGCGUACGACUUGGUAGCUGUACCAAUCUUGAUUAUAACCUUAAAAUUGCACGAUACUGUUUACAAAAUAAUCAAAUGAACUUUUAGCUUACUCUUGAAUAAUAACAUUAGAUGCAUUUCAAUUCUAAGGUAAACAGCAUAUAUGAUAUAUUUAAAUUAUUCACUUAGCUAUACAGCUAAAAACCUGUAAUACCCAUUCAGAUUGAUGGAUCCUAACCGUUAGAGGUAUUUGAUUUAGAAUCAUAAAUCUAAUGAAAAAAAAACUUACUUGUUUCAUUAUUAAUGAACCGCAUUGUUGAGUUGAGCUCUAAAUCUUAAUAUACAUUUAUAUAUUGUUAAGAUUUAUUAUACUUAUAAUAUUAGGUAGUUGGCUAAUUUGAUUAAGUUUAACUCAAAAUAUUUUCUAUUGAAUAAUAAUUUUGAGAUAUACAAUAGCUUUGUUUAAAUAAAUAUUCAAAUAUUAAGCAGUUGUAUAUUCUUAAUUUUUAAUUCCAGUAACACGUAACUAGUUAACAAAAUGUAAAUUAAUCACGUGUCAAACAAUAUAUUGCAUAACAAAUGUAGGUAGGGUUUACAUGUUUUUUUAAAUUAAUUUAGUAUUUUCCUUCCGUAGAUAUAUAAUAGAUUUUUUAAUGGACA